AAAACAAGUCGUGCUCGCAACAUCCCGCAUCCAAACACGUCUCCAGUAUUGUCCAGGCAGACAGAAUAGAGCAUCGUCACGUCGACCGUCCCUUGCGCCAGCACUCGACAAUCACCAGCGCGCCUGUUGCCUCCCACUCGGCAGCUCGGAGACUUAUCGGGGCAGCCAUCGUCUCUAGGUCCUCAACCACCUCCACUCCACAUCCUUCGCAGGCGAGAGCGCACACCGCACCCCACGACCGCGACUCGAAAAGCUUCCACAACCACAAACCCAAUCUCGACCCCGACCACCACCGCCCCUCGUCGUCCUCCAACACCGCCUGUGCGCGCAAAACACCGCCAUCAUGUCGGGCGAGGCGUGGUUAUUCCUCCUCGCAGUCCUUCUCAAUGCCGUCAACUUGUUCCUCCAGGUCUUCUUCACCAUCAUGUACUCCGAUCUCGAAUGCGACUACAUCAACCCGAUCGACCUUUGCAACCGCCUCAACAUGUAUAUCGUUCCUGAAGCCGGCAUUCACGCAUUCCUGACCAUCUUGUUCCUCAUCAACGGAUACUGGUUGCCGUUGAUCUUGAAUCUGCCUUUGAUUGCAUGGAACGGAAAGAAGAUCUUCGAAAACCAACAUCUUCUCGACGCAACAGAGAUCUUCCGCAAACUGAACGUGCACAAGAAGGAGUCCUUCAUCAAGUUGGGCUUCCACUUGCUGAUGUUCUUUUUCUACCUCUACUCCAUGAUUGUCGCGCUCAUCCGAGACGAAAGUGGGUAGAUUCCCGGAACAAGCCACUGCAAAACGCAUUCUCCUCCCUCUGCGCUUCUCACAUGCCCCAAACACCAAAGCUCGAACCUGCUUGUUAGUUCUCUGACACUCAUGGCUCUUCUUUGCGUAGGCGGAACCUCGGCCAACAACACUCGUCUACCGCAAUAGACGCGAGAAACCCGACGAGAGGAGAUUCGAGUUCCAAAGCUUUUCCUGGUCGGACAACGCUGCAGAGGGGAGUUGUGGUCAGUGAAACGAAGAAAGCAAGGGAAUGUGGGCUCAGCGAAAGAUCAAGAGAAGGAACAAAAUCGUGGUGGUUUGGAUGCAUAUGCAAAGGAAUACAGAAAUGGAAAAGAUCACGACGUGUAAAGGUAAUGACUAUCUCUCUCGCAUGGCGGGAGGAAAAAGCGGUGCAUCAAUCAUGAAAUGAUACAGAUGAGAUACGAAAUGACUGAGAGACCGACAUGUCCUUGGAGAGGCAAAUCACCUUGUAACUGUGCGCAUCGGAGUCAACAGAUGUGCGAGAUAGAGAGCAUUGUUUUUUGUUCGGAAUUGUGUGUUGUUUGUUUUUCGUCGCACGUAUCACGAUAUACCCCUCGAUCAGGAAGCAAGAAUCAUCAUUUCGUUGUAAACAUGGCCGCG